AUGAAGAUCCUGGAGGAUGAGGAGUAUUUCGAUAAGAACGAAGUUGUUUGGACAGAACAUGUGCCUACCGCUUGCGCGAGAGUCGACAGCCUCCGUACCCACGGCCACAAGGCUCAGGCGGUCAGGCUGGCACUAGCGAUAGUACGCAACAUGAAGAAAGAGCAACAGAAGGCGCUGACAUGUUUGAACAUUCCGAAGUACGCGGACGAGGAUGGAAGCCUCGACCUGCGCCAUACGGUCUCUGACGGCUGGAUCGGUCAUCCGCUGGACCCAGUGAACUGCAUUGUCGACUGCCUGAUCAGUGCCUCGGAGGCGAACGGUAGUCGCUGCCUGAAGAGCGCUGUUCAGGCAGCUUUGAUUUCACUCAGUCAGCGGAGACGGACCCCGCCUUGUCUGUACGCACAGCAAAAAGCGAUCAAGCAAGAGGAGGUGCUGGUCAACAAGCUGAAAAGCCUGGACUACGACGACUAUUUACUCCAAUGUCUCAAGGAACAGGCACAUCUCAUAUUAAACACACCGUACCACUGCCUGGACUUCGAGGAAAAUUUCACUGAUAGCCGGAAGGCGAGCAACACUGUUUCCGGCUACUCGUCACUUCACAGUUUGGCGUCGUUCAUGUUCCAGAUUUUCCUGCCUCAGGAUCCGGAAAUGGCUUACAGGAUCGGACUCAAAGCCGUUCAGUAA